AUGUCUUCCCUCCCCUCCUAUGCUGUUGCUAUCUUUCAGCAGUCGGAGAAGCUGCGAGGCAAGGCCAACUGGCACUCAUUUGCGGAGGCUUUCAUCAACUUCUGCACUGGUGUUGGUGCCGAGCACAUUGUGGCUGACUCUGCGCUCAAUCCAUCCAAGACAGCACUGGACAAUGCCAUUGGAUAUGUCCUCUCUGGGAUGCUGGAGAAGGAUGUGAAGGAUGGGGUGCCAGGGAAACAUGGUGGCCAGGAGCUGUACAAGGCACUGAAGGCCAGCUGUGUACAUAGGGUCUUUGUUAUCCACACAGCCAUGGGCCCCCGGGACCUCACUGGGGGCUGCCCGGCCUCUGCCCAAUGCGGCAGGCGACCCGCCGGCUCACCGUGCGCGCUGAUCCCGCCCGCAUCGCCCCGUCGGGAUUGA